AACCGGUUGGACCACGUCAAGACACCUGAAUGAAGAAAUGGAGAACUAGUUUGACCGGGACUGACUUUAAAGCGAAAGAAAAAAUAAAUAAUAAAAGUCAGGCGUUACCGGCGGACUACUAAGUUCAGGUGUUUUAUCGUUUAUGUCAGCGAAAAGCAGCGUUUUUGUUUGUUUGUUUUGAAGAAGUUUCCUUUAGCUUUAAGUGACUAAUUGUUGCGGAGACAUUUCGGUGUCCCAGUUUGGAGGAAGGCUGCGGCAGGACAGACGCACACAUCUGUAAUAACACACACACACGCACACGCACACACACACACACACACACACACACACACACACACUCCGAUACAGCAGCACAAGCUGCGCUGCGCCCGUCACCAUGCCUGUGCGACAGAAAGAUGCCCAGCGGGCCCUGGAGCUGCUCCAGCAGUACCGGGUCAAACUGAACCAGAGACAGCAGAACCAGAGUCGGAGCAAACAGGGUUCUGCAGAGGAGGACCGUCAGCUGACGCAGUCUUUGGACCGAGUCAUCAACGUCUUCCAAAGUCAACUCUUCAGCGCUCUUCUUGAUAUACAGGAGUUCUACGAGGUGACAAUCCUGCAGGACACUCAAUGUUCUGAGAAACUUCCAGCUCCAGCAGAACAAUCACCAGUAAGUCCUUCGAGUCCCUCUGCCUCUGGAGAACCAUCCAAACCUAGCAAGACCAAGUCUAUCAAAUCCACCUCCCUACCUAACCAAGAUGGAGUGCCUACAAAAGCAUCAUCUUCUCCUACAAGACAGCCCAGCAUACCACAGUCUCACCCCGCCAAAGUAAAGUACCGUGCUCCUCCUCCACCAGUCCAACCAGAAAGCUCUAAGUCUGCAGAGCUGGUUAUUUCCAAACCCUCUUCACCCUCUGCUGCCUCGCCUUCCAGUGUUACUGUCAGCAGUGUGGAAACUCCCAAUGUUCCCACUAAACCAUCUCAAAAUGGAACCAACUCGCAUGCCACUGACGCAAAGUCACAGAGUACAACAAACCCAAAAAGCCCAGCUGCCUCUAAAGACCUGAAUCUGGUGACUGUCUCUGCGCUCGUCUCCAGCACCAUCCAGGGUCUUGUGUCACCAACCACUCCAGAUAAAGCUACUCCUACUAGCAUCACUCCAACCAUCAGUCCCAGUCUAAAUACAGGCUCGGGAGCUGGAGUUUUUGCAGCUGCUUCCAUCAAUAAAGAUCCAAGAACGAGCGUCAUCAAUGCAAGUAAAAGUCCAACGAGCCCCAGUCAUAGAAAAUUCUCAUUCGAGAGCAAAAGUCCAACAAGUCCUUCAGCAAAGCAAAGCAAAGGACUUCCUCUUAGUCCAACCAGCCCUGGGCAGGGAAAGGCUACCAGUGAUAGCCCCGGCUACGGACCAACCCGCUCCAAGUCGCCCGCAGCCCCACUGGCCACAAACAGGAAGUAUCGAUAUCAAGAAGAGGAAGGGGCUUCAACAGGUGCCCCAAGACUCCACCAUCACACCUGCCAUCAGCAUCCAAUGGGAAUAGCUGGAGAGAUAACGGAUGGAGAGACCCUGGGGCGGGAUGGAGGGACCCUGGGGAGGGAUGGAGGGACCCUGGGGAGAGAUGGAGGGACCCUGAGGAGGGAUGGAGGGACACUGGGGAGGGAUGGAGGGACUCUAGGAAGAAGUGGAGGGACACUCGGGAGGCAGGGAGGGACGCUAGGCAGGGACAGAGGGACUUGGAGGCGAGGUGGAGGCGGCAUCGGGAGCAUGGAGCGAGAACGGGACCGAUCCCUGGGGAGGGACGGCUCCCUCGUUCACCACGGUGACCUGCGUGGGGCGGAGCUGGUGCAGGUGGCGGAGCGGCAGCUUUCCCAUAUCCAACAUGUCCACGGAUACGUCACUCAUACACACAUCGCACCUACUCAGGUAGAAUCACCCGAGGCACCAUUUGAUGAUGAGGUGUGGCCUCACUCAGAAGGCGAGAGGCUGAAUGAAGUUCCAGCUCCGCCUUUCUCCUCUCUGUAUUCACAAAGCCACUCCUACUAUCAGGCCAACCCCCCUCCAUUGGUGGUCAAUACCGACAGCGUAGACACCCCCCCAUAUGUCAAUGGAACAGAAGCAGACUAUGGGUAUGAGGAAAUCACACUGGAAAGGGGUAACUCAGGACUGGGCUUCAGUAUUGCUGGAGGCACAGAUAACCCCCACAUUGGAGAAGACCCAUCAAUCUUUAUCACCAAAAUCAUCCCGGGGGGAGCUGCAGCCCAAAAUGGACGACUCAGGGUGAAUGACUGCAUAGUCCGGGUGAAUGACACGGACGUCAGGGAGGUGACUCACAGCGGGGCGGUGGAGGCGCUGAAGGAGGCGGGAGGACUGGUCCGGCUCUGCAUACGACGACGGAGGAGCCUCGCUGAGAGGAUCAUGGAUAUUAAGCUGGUCAAAGGGCCAAAAGGUUUAGGGUUCAGCAUAGCAGGCGGUGUUGGAAACCAGCACGUUCCUGGUGACAACAGCAUCUAUGUGACCAAAAUUAUCGAAGGAGGGGCUGCACACAAAGACGGGCGACUACAAAUAGGGGAUAAACUUGUCGCUGUAAAUGCUUCUUGCUUGGAGGAAGUGACUCAUGAAGAGGCAGUUGCGGCACUAAAGUCCACUCCGGACGUCGUGUACCUCCGUGUCUCCAAACACAGCUCCCUUUUCAUUAAUGACAACUUCCCUCCACCCGAUGUCACCAACUCAUAUUCCCCACAUCAGGACAACCACGUUAGUCCGUACAUGAGUGGGAGCCAGUCUGUAAGCCCCGCCCCUCUGACCACGCCCAGAUACUCUCCGCUGCCCAGGAGCCUGACGACAGACGAAGACGUUCCCAGAGAACCCAGGCGAGUGGUUCUGCAGAGGGGAUCCACGGGUCUCGGCUUCAACAUCGUUGGAGGGGAGGACGGUGAGGGGAUCUUCAUCUCCUUCAUCCUGGCUGGAGGUCCAGCCGAUCUAUGUGGCGAGCUCCGAAAAGGAGACCGCAUCCUAUCGGUGAACGGGGUGGACCUGACCAGUGCAACACAUGAGCAGGCAGCUGCAGCUCUAAAGAAUGCUGGACAAACAGUGACUAUUGUAGCUCAGUACAGACCUGAGGAGUACAGUCGAUUCGAGGCUAAGAUCCAUGACCUGAGGGAACAAAUGAUGACCAGCAGCGUCAGCUCCAGCUCCACGUCUCUCCGCUCCACACAGAAACGCACACUUUACAUCAGAGCUCUGUUCGACUACGAUGGAAGUGCUGCAGACCUGAGUGCGCCCAAUCAGGCCCUGCCGUUCGGCUUUGGGGACAUCCUCCAUGUGAGCAGCGCCGGCGAGGAGGAGUGGUGGCCCGCCCGUCACCUCAGCCCUCCGCCCCCAAACUGCCCUGAAGUUGGACUCAUCCCCAGCCGAAGGAGAGCAGAGAAGAAGGAAAGGUCGAGGCUAAAGAUGGUCAGAGUGUCGAGGUCUCAGGACAGAUCGGAUCAAGAGGAUAAAGCUGGCCAGGAGGAGAUCCUCCUUACAUACCAACCUGUUGUGCAGCAGGAAGUCAAUUACACACGGCCAGUCAUCGUGCUUGGACCAAUGAAAGAUCGGGUCAAUGAUGACCUCAUCUCUGAGUUUCCUGAAAAGUUUGGAUCCUGCGUCCCACACACAACACGGCCACGAAGAGACUACGAGGUGGACGGCAGAGAUUAUCACUUCAUGUCCUCGAGAGAGCUGAUGGAGCGAGAGAUUCAGGAACACAAGUUCAUCGAGGCGGGUCAGUACAACAACCACCUCUACGGGACCAGCAUACAGUCUGUCAGAGAGGUCGCCGACAAGGGGAAACACUGCAUCCUGGAUGUUUCUGGGAAUGCCAUAAAGCGUCUCCAGAUGGCGGGCCUCUACCCCAUCGCUAUCCUCCUUAGACCGCGAAAUGUCGACAACAUCCUAGAGAUGAACAAACGUUUGACAGAGGAACAGGCGAGGAAGGCCUUCGACAGAGGCAUCAAACUGGAGCAGGAGUUUGCAGAGUACUUCACUGCAAUAGUCCACGGCUCUUCUUUAGAGGAAAUUUACUCGCAGGUGAAGCAAAUCAUCGAGGAGCAGUCGGGUCCUUACAUCUGGAUGACCACCAAGGAGCGACUCUGAACAAACACACACAUGCAAAAUGUCCAUGCACACACAUUACUGUCUCUACACUUCCCACUUGAUUUUAUUUUUUUCUACUAUCAGCCUGCUUCCUCUGUUUUGCAUUGCUGCACACACGUGUAUUCACACAAGCACACGAUGGCGGCGCGGCGAGGCCGGGACUAUCUGGGACGUUUCCUUCCUGCGGCGGGAGGACCUCGGGUCGGUCCGGCAGCCUCCGGGUGGAUCUUCCUUCAGCUUGGUUCCUUAAUGUUUAAGGAGUUGGUUCAAAUCAAGGCAACUUGUACGUGAUCUGAUUUAUUUCACUACUGUUCUUCUUAUUGCUGUUGUCGUUGUUGUUUUCAUAUUAACAAAGAGUAAUGCAUUCAUGAAUCGGUUUGUAAUGAUAAUAUUGUCACCAAGAGCCAGACUUUUGCACGCUGUAGCUUUAAGAGCAUGUUUUUGGGACAAAAAUCUUGAUCUAACUCCCUGUCUGUCUUUCUGUCUGUCACUCCACAUGGCAUCGGGUAUUUUUAGUUUCUUUCUGUCUUUUUUUUACAUUUCUCAUCCCUUCGUAUCCUCAUUUUCUCUUCCUACACUCUAAAAUCCUUAUAUAGGAGAUGAAAAUAUUUAUUGUAAUUCUACCUUUCCCUGCCACGCAUUUCAGCAUCACACUGCAAAAAAACCCCAUAAUUUUACCAGGUCAUUUUGGUCUAGUUUCCAGUGUAAAUAUCUUGGUUCACUUGAAAUAAGACAAAAUUAAUUUAUAAGUGACAUAGCAAGACAUAGCAGCUUGUUUAAGUAAAUAAUCCCUUAAUAUUGGUGAAAAAGUUCUAGUUCCACUGGCAGAUUAUUUCACUUGUAACAUA